GACAAGGAGGAAAGCCGCCACUGGGGGGUGGCCUGCUAUAAAAGGGUGGAUCUCUACGAAAUGCGGGUUUUCCUCUAAAAGGAUCCCCCUAGUAUGCAUAAGCAAAAUAAGCGAAGUUAAGCAGAUGGUGCGCUACGUGGAAAGCACAUACUCACAUGGAAGGGAGCAACCCCAGAGAGACAUUUUUGAAAAUCAUUUUCGAAAAAGUCAGGUGACGAACUUCGUGCACACAGAUCACCAUUUCGAAAAGGUUUACAACCUCUGGAAUAAUUUCCAUUUUGGGGGUGAAGUAAAUGUACGCGAAAGUGUGCAUACAAAGGGGGAGAGUCCCCCCCAAAAAGGUAAGGCUUGUGAGGAGGGGAACAAUGUCUUUAAAUUUUGUUCAGAUGAAGGGGAUAGGAACGUCAUGAAAAGGAAUUUGGUCGGCAUUUACAUUCCCACGAAUAGGGGCAUUCACUCAGUGGAUGUUAGCUAUUUUUACAUUUUCAAAAGUCUGAAGGAUUCCUUUAAGGGGAAAUUGUUCUUCGAGAUUUAUUUUAUCUUGCCGAACUGCAUUUUCUUUCUCUCCUUUGUUGAAACUUUUAAGGCGUUAAUUUAUUACGAAAGGGUUAUUGCACACACGAGGAGGGAAAAUAAAAAGAGGGAGUUAAGUGUGCAAAAGAAAAUGAAAAAUAAUUUGCUACAAAAGGUGUAUAGACAAAGAAAAGCUGAUUUAAAGAAGGAACUGAGGGAAGAGCUGGAAAAAAUCCUUUCGCAGAAGAAGUACACGAAAGUAAUUUACGAAGAUGCUGUUGAGUUGUGUUCCUUUUUUGCCAACUUUUUAAAAAUCAAUUCGUUUAAUUUUAUAGAUUUGCACCAUCUCUACCAGGAUGUGAUAGCGCUACACGAGAUCAACCUUUCAAAGCGAAGUAUCUUUUCGGUUAUCCCGAUUUUGUUCCCGGGAAUUUUUGACAGUUCGCUCGUCUGUGAGUACGGGAGGGUGCUGUCCAGCGAGGGGAUGCACUGCACCAAUGGAGUGGAUCGCUCGAACCAGGUCCUACGUAAAAACGGAAUAACCACUCCUUGGAAGGCAAAAUAUGGAAGCGCGUUGAAAUAUGAGAGAUCCUCAUCCGAAUCGAAAAAAGGCAAAUCGCCAAACAGGGACGACCCCCCUGAUGAGUUUCACAAAUUGAAGAGAAAAAUUAUAUCCAUAUGUAGCAACGCCGAUGAUAGUAAUCAGCUUCUUAACUUUGAAAAGCACUUAAUACACAUUUUGUAUAUAUUUCCAUGUGCCCAUAAAUUACUGGUAAAGUAUAAGGACCUGGAGGGGCACAACGUGUGCUACAAGAUGAACGGAUUUGUGGACAAGUACAAUUCGCUGAACAAUUUUGGAGCCACUUUGGUGAAGAGAAAGAAUGCCAAACUAUCUUCCAAUGAGGGAAUAAGAAGAAGAAAUAAAAUGACCCCUUCGGAGAUUACCUCCCGUAGUUAUCAACUGAGCAGUGGUAGACUGCUCAACUCCGUGUGCAACAAUUUAGGCGCAAACGAAGAGGCCAUAUAUAGCCAUCCCCUAAUUGUGGGCAAAAAUAUAUAUGCAUACAUAUACGAGGUGAAUAGGUGUAGCAAAAGUAUAUUUUUCCGCUUCAAUUUAAACGCAAAGGAUGUCCUCUUUCGAAACGUUCUAUCCAGUGAGGUCAAAUCGACCUGUUGGGAGAGGAAAGCAAAUGGGAGAAAACUUAACCGCCUAUGGAGAAACAUAAAGGAGGGUCUCUUUUUGGGAAAGUCAAAAGCGCAAAUCAGUAGGAACCAAAAAUUGUACAAUUAUAAAAAUAACAUACUGACGGGGGUGUUGCACGAUAAGGAAAAUAAUUUUCACUAUUUUGACGAUAAACGAGUUGGCGACGUGGUCCUGUGCACCAUAUGCCACAUUUCGGUGUGCGGGAAAUUUAUUUAUUUGCAAAGGUUCGACAAGGCAAAUUUGAUUUUCCACUUCCGGAAGGAGAAGUACGUCAAUUUGGAAAAAAAAUUUGACUACGACGAUGCUAAGAGGUUGGACGAAAAGGUGUUACGGGAGCUUCUGUAA